AUGGCGGGGGUGAGCGCCGGCACAGGUGCGAUGGGCUCCCUCCUCGGCAAGCUCACCGCCCUGCUCGGCGACGAGUACAAGCUGCUCAAAAGGGUCCGCAAGGAGAUCGAGUUCCUCAAACGCGAGCUCGGCAGGAUGCAGGUCCUGCUGGAGAGGCUGACCGACAUGGAGGCGAGGCUCGAUGGUCUGGGCAAGAGCUGGAGGGACAGCGUGCGCGACCUCAGCUACGACAUGGAAGACUGCAUCGACCGCUUCAUGGACCGCCUUGGAAGCGGAGAUGCCAAGCCCAAGUUCAUGAAGAGGACGGCGCGCCGGCUCAAGACUCUGUGGGCGCGCCACGACAUCGCGACCCAGAUCAAGGAGCUCAAGGCUCGCGUCAUGGAGGAAAGUGAGCGGCGUGACAGGUACAAGCUUGACGAGAGUUACUACAGUCCAACAAAGACGGUGGAGAUUGACCCACGGAUAACCACGCUUUACGAGGAGGUCAAGGACUUGGUGGCAAUGGACGGCCGAGUGAAGCAAGUUACUGCUUUGUUGAUGGAUGAGAGUAUGGAGCUGAAAGUGGUGCCGAUUGUCGGGUCCGGAGGGUUGGGGAAGACGACCCUUGCCAUGGAGGUGUACCGCAAGAUUGGGGUGGACUUCCAUUGCAGAGGUUUCGUGUCGGUGUCACGUACUCUUGAUCUAGAGAAGCUCUUGAAGGACAUCUUAUCUCAAAUCGAUGACAAGGAAUAUCAGUCAGACGGUUGGAACAUAGACCGACUAAUUCGUAAAAUUGCACAAAUCUUGACCGGAAAGAGGUACUUAAUUUUUAUUGAUGACGUAUGGAAAGAAGAACAUUGGAAAUUGAUCAAGUCAGCAUUUCCUGAGAAUAACAAUGGCAGCAGAAUAAUUGCUACGACACGCAUUAAUGGUGUAGCUAAUCAGUGUUGUUCCAACUGCAGUGGUCAACCCUAUCAAAUGGAACCUCUAGAUGAUGUUGAUUCUCGUAGAUUGUUCUUUAAAAGAAUUUUUGGCACAGAUCAUUCAUGUCCCGCUGAACUGAAAGAUGUUUCUACUAGGAUCUUAGAAAAAUGUGGUGGUGUACCACUGGCCAUAAUUACAUUUGCAAGUUUGCUUGCCAAUAAAAAACACAACAAGGAUGAAUGGGAGAGACUGCAAGAUUCCAUCGGUGUUGGUUCUUCACUUGAAUAUGAUGGGAACUUAAAAGCGAUGAAAGAUAUAUUGUUACAUAGUUACCUGGAUCUUCCCCACCACCUGAAGACUUGUUUACUGUACUUGUGCAUAUAUCCAGAGGACUCCACAAUCAAUAUUAAAGUGUUGAAAUGGAAAUGGAUAGCAGAAGGAUUCAUUGCUACACAAUGGGGAAGUUUGGAUCAAGUAGCAGAGAACUGUUUUAACGAGCUCGUUAACAGAAAUAUGAUACAGCCAGUUUAUGGUAAUUAUGACAGUUCGGUGAAAUAUUGUAGGGUCCAUGAUAUGGUGCUUGACCUUAUUAUAUCUUUAUCGGAUGAAGAGAAUUUUGCCACUGUCUUAAAUGGGCGUAUAUGCAAUUCUUUCCCAAAUAAGAUACGUCGUCUGUCCAUGCAAUCUAGUGGCAAAGAGCAUAAAGGGGCAGUUGGGGCAAUUAUAGAGACCAUGAUACAUAUUCGCUCAUUGACCGUGUUUGAGCUGCAUAAGUCGAUAGUACCCCAUCUCGUGGACUUCCAUGCUUUGCGGGUAUUGGAUCUUGCAGGAUGUUAUUGGUUGGAAAACAAGCAUGUAAAACACAUAGGAAGUUCACGUCAGCUGAGGUAUUUGCGAAUUGGCCGUUCUAUGAUUACUGAGCUUCCUUGUGAAAUUGGAAAGCUCCAGCACUUGGAGACUCUGGAUUUGAGAUACUGUUCACUUCCAAGACUGCCAUGCCACGUGGCGCAGUUGCGGAAAUUGGUGCGCCUAUUUGUCAGCUAUAUAACACAAUUACCUGCAAGUGGGUUCCGGAGUCUGCAAGCCUUGAAGGAGUUACGCUUCAAGAAAACCGACGACCCAGCAAGAUUUGCGGAGGAAGUAAACGAGUUGGGCAAAUGCAAUCUUCGCUAUCUUCGUACUGGUGAAGAGAUAGCCACGCGUCUGUUCUGUAACCCAUGCUGCACCUACCCGUGCCUCCAAGUUCUUAAAAUGAAGUCAGUUAUCGGAACGGUUCCCAGGGGAAUGGCCUCCCAGAAGAAUCUCGUGAAACUAUGCAUAGUGGUCUGCGAGUUUGAUAAUGAGGGUCUCCAAGUCCUCAUGGGCAUGCCUUCUCUGGCCCAUCUCGAGCUUGAGACAACAAGAGGGACCGAUAAUGGAAAGCUGAUCAUCGGUAGUGAUGGAUUCAAACUGCUAAAGGUCUUCCACUUCAGCUAUUCACUCUUCCGUCCUGAUGUUGAAGUGAGACCAACGGGUGUACUGCAGCUAACAUUUGCACCAGGUGCUAUGCAAGCACUCCGUUGUCUCCGUCUUGACUUGAACCCAAUGUGGAUCUCGUCCGACUUUUUUGCAGACUUGGGUGUCGAGCAUCUUCCAAGCCUUGCACAGCUCGAGGUCGAAAUCAUUUGUUUCAAAGCAGCUCCAGGGAGGGUGAAGGAUCUGGAGUGUUCCAUUGAAAAAGCAACGAACUUGCUCCCCAAGUGCAGAAUCCGUGUCAGCAGAGCCAAUGAAGAUUACAUGUUUAAGGAUGACAAGGAGUGGGAAGAUGUCGUCGCAAAGAGAAUCUCAGCAAUGAAGGGAGACCAGAAGAAUGAGAGAGUGACCACCAAGAACUAG